AUGGAAUUUGGUACAGCAGGGAAAUUGAAUAAGGAUCCGAUCAGAAAAUUAACUAAUAAAAUCAAUACUAUUGUAAAAUCUUGGCGUAGCAAUGAUCUUAUAAAUGAGUCUACAUAUAAAAAAUUGAACUCUACGAAUGGUAAUUUACCACGGUGUUAUGGUUUACCAAAAAUUCACAAGUCUGGUUUUCCAAUGCGAAUUAUUGUGUCAUCGAUCGGUAGUCCCGCAUACAACGUCGCGCAAUACAUCCAUGACAUAUUGAAGAUUUCGAUCUUGGAACCUAAAUCUCACAUCAAGGAUGGUUGGACGUUUGCUAAUUAUUUAAAAGGCAAAAUUAUUAGAGAUGACGAAAUAAUGAUUUCUCUCGAUGUCACUGCAUUGUUCACGAAUAUUCCCAAGGAUUUGGUUGUGAGUGCUGUCACUAAACGUUGGAAUCACAUCGCGCCUAAUACGAAAUUUAACUUAUCACAGUUUUUAUACGUGAUUGAAAUGAUUUUGGACUCUACUAGUUUUACAUUCAACGGACAGUUUUACGAACAGAUUUUUGGUAGUCCUAUGGGUUCUCCUCUGUCACCUAUCUUGGCCGAUAUUGUGAUGGAUGAUUUGGAAACACAUUGUUUGAGUCUGCUGGAUUUCAAUGUGCCGGUUUAUUACAGAUAUGUUGAUGACAUUUUUACCAUUGUUCCACGCCCUAAAGUGGAAAGGAUAAAAUCGACCUUUAACAAUUAUCAUCAACGCUUGGCUUUUACGCAUGAAAUUGAAUGUGAUUCUCGUAUCAGCUUUCUCGACACGGUUGUUAUUCGAUCUGAUGGUUGUCUUCUAACCGAUUGGUUUAGGAAACCCACUUGUUCUAACAGAUUUAUUAAUUUUCAUUCUAAACAUCCGAUGAAAUACAAAUUGAACACCAUUUACAGUCUUGUUGACCGCGCUAUAUUAUUGGCUGAUUCUCAAUUUCAUGCGAAGAACAUUGAUACUGUUAAGCGGAUUCUUUCCAACAAUUGUUUUCCGAGCCAAAUCAUUAACCGUUAUGUAAAAAAGACUACAAUUCUUGAAACAUCGUGA